AUGCAGUGCUCCUGGAAGUCUGUGGUGCUCUUGGCGUUGGCGUCAGUGGCCAUUCAGUACACGGCCAUACGAACUUUGACCUCCCCCUCCUACCUGCUGUGCCCCGCCCAAGCCAACAGCAGCCCCUCCCCUUUCUCUACUGAUCCCGCAUUUGAGCGCGACAGCCUCAGAUCUCGCUGUGAUGACGUGCACAUGUCAAAUUCCUCCCGACGAACGCAAGUGCUGCUCCUGACCACUACCCGCUGUGGCUCCACCUUCAUCGGACAACUCCUGAACCAGCAUCCAGACGUCUUCUAUCUGUUUGAGCCACUUUACCACGUCCAGGCAUCCAUUAUCCCACGCAACCACCUGCCCUCAGACCGACAGCUGAUGUUGGGGGCCGGUCGUGACCUGCUGUGGAGCCUGUUCCAGUGCGACCUCUAUGCGCUGGAGAGUUACAUCCGCCCCGCCCCCAACAACCACAUGGUGGACAACCUGUUCCGGCACAGUGCCAGCCGGAACCUGUGCCAGCAGCCGGUUUGCCAGGCCUUCAAACCCGGUGACACGUGGGAGGAGUGGCAGUGCAAGAAGAAGUGUCACCCCCUCAACCUGACUCUGGCUGCUCAGGCCUGCCGCGCCAACCGCUACAUCGCCAUGAAGACGGUGCGAGUGCCUGCAGUGGGGGACUUACGGCCCCUUUUGGAAGACCCUCGCCUGAACAUUAAGGUGAUCCAGCUGGUGCGGGACCCACGGGGGAUUCUGAGCUCUCGGAUCGAGACCUUUCCAGACUUGUACAGACUAUGGGGCAUCUGGCAGGCCACCGGAAGAAGGCCACACACCCUGGAGACCAGGCAGUUCACCACCAUCUGUGAGGACUUCUACAGCUCUGUCUCCACCGCUCUGAGCCGCCCGGCCUGGCUCAGGGGCAGGUACAUGGUGGUGCGUUACGAGGACCUGUCCCGGAGCCCUCUUCAGAAGACAAAAGAGAUCUAUGACUUUAUAGGACUGACCAUGACUCCCAGCGUGGAGGAGUGGAUUCGUAUUAACACCAGAGCCAGCAACAAUGCACAGGCCAAGGACAAAUACGGCACCAUGCGGGACUCUGCGGCGGUGGCCGAGAGCUGGCGUCUGAAGCUGCCCUUCUACAUGGUGGAAUACAGCCAGAGCGCGUGUCAGAGAGCUCUAAGGCUGCUGGGAUACCGCCAGGUCCAAUCCGCCCAAGAUCUCAGGAACACAAACUUCUCGCUGGUCCAGGACAAAACUUUUGUACCAUUUUGGUAG